AUGUCAUCUUCCAACAGUCAAGCUCCACGGACUCUUGCUCCAGCUACUGUCAUUAGUCCCCUUGCCAAUAAUUCCGUUCAAGAAACUGUCGUCAAGCCAAUCCGAAAAAGAACAAAUGCCUGUGAAGCAUGCAAGAAGAGGAAAACAAAAUGUCUAGGAGAGCUUCCGUGUGAUAAAUGUCUUCAAAUAGGCACAGAAUGUCAUUUCGUGGAAGAAUCUGAUAGACGAAGAAAGCUUGCACUGCGCCGUAUCGAACAGGAACUGAGCUCAGCCUACUUGUUACUCGAUCAAAUCAGAGUGGCUUAUGGAAAAGGUAACGAGAUAGAACUUGAAAGACUCAUUAACAUAUCAAAGGAUAAGUCGCCUCUGGCUCAGAGGAUUGAAGUUCAAACGCAGCAGAAACUGCAGUCUCUUACGUCGAGAUCCCAUGCUUUGAAAGAGCCUCAAAGAUCUCGUUCUAUUUCAUCCUCUUCGUCGAUGGGCUCGCUUGACGAUAUUGAUACUGUUGAUAUUGAUGUGAACAGAGACAGGCAAAGCAGAUCAACAGGGUUCGUGGGAAAAGGUUCUGAGAUUGCUUGGCUCCAGAGACUUCACGCUGAAGUUGGCGGCUUAGAACGUCCCGGUACCGAGCAGCACGUCAAGCAUGAUAAAGGAAGUCUCGCUUCUCUCAAUUAUCACCUCGAUAAUCUGGUUAUAGCAGAACCAAGUUAUAGUGAUCUCAAUGCAAUGCCACCAAAGCCUUGGGCUGACCAACUGCUUCACACUUACUUUUCAUUCAUACACCCAACAUUCCCACUUCUUCUCAAACCUUUGUUUUACCAGCAGUACGAGAAUGCUUUCCGUAAUCGCUUGUCAGCCCCUCAGCAAAGCUGGCUCGUGAUCUUCAACCUAGUCAACGCUAUUGGAGCUAAACAUUUUCAGUUGCGCCAAGAGCACUGGGACGAAGAUGUUGAUGAUCGUAUCUUCCUUUCAAGGGCCAUUGCACUCAAUGCAAAGCAUAAUACGAUUUUGGACUAUGUGGACUUACAACAGGUCCAAAUAAGGAUGCUUCUAGCACUCUAUUAUCUCGUUGCUGGUCUGACUCGUGACAGAUCAUGGCAAUUAAUAGGCUGUACUGCCCGAUCUGCUAUAGCUUUGGGGCUUAAUCUCCGAAACAGCGAUGGGAACUUAGAUCACGACUCGAAAGUAUUGCGUUCCAGCCUGUGGUGGUCAAUCGUCUAUCUGGAGCAGAUACUUUGUACUGCAACAGGCCGUACAUCUUGUAUUGACUGGAAUUGCUGCAGUAUCACGGCCCAUUCUACAAUCUCUAUCCGGCACGCCGAAGCGAAAAACAGCAUCCAGAUCAGCAAGUACCAGAAGAAGCUGGAAGAAUGGCUAUCAUCAUUAAAAGAGUAUUGGAGCUUUACCGAUAGCCAUGGACACUACACGAAGAGCAUGGAGUGUCGAGAAAAGAUAUUACUUGCGUUCAGCUUUUAUAGCAUCGAGAUCGUUCUUAAUCGUCCCUGUCUUACCCGCCCCGAAUUUCAAAAAAAUUCAAAAGUCAGGCGCCCUCGCUCUAGACUUGGAGUGGUUAUGCACAAUGGCACCAUGGUGGUCCAUAGUUCAUCACUUGAUGCAAGCAUUGGUGAUAUUACUGCUUCAACUGUGUGUAGGACCUGUCGGAGCCUCCGAACACGGAGAAAUCACUGGAGGUGGGGGAGCUGUGGGAACAGCAGAAGAACCGAGAAGAUACUCCAAGUGUCAAAAAAGUGCCUCCGUUGGUUAUUUUCUAUUGGCAAUCGAAGUUACAGUGCGAGAAAUGCCUUCAUAACUUGUGAUCGUCUUUUACGCAAAAUUGCCAGCGUUCGAAGAUUGGACCUAAGUAACCUACCAGCUUCGUCGAAUCUAGCUGAUCGAACUGCCGACAAUAAUCUCCUGCCCUACUAUCGUGGGUCCUUCAAUCCUGGCUAUACUCGUCUACCGCAUCUGAAAUCAUCGAACAGCUCGUCUCACAAUCAUGAUGACUGCUGGGGAGCAGAUUACACACAUCCUGAGUCAGCCACUGACGAGCAAGAAUCCACUCCCUUAACCUUGGACCCUGCGCUGCUUGAGGUAUAUGAAACUCUGAUUGAAAAUCGCUCAACCAGUGAUAUCGAUGUCUUUGAAGGCGACAUUGAGUAUCCGCAUGGAAGUUACUGA